AUGGGUUGGGCCAUAGGUUGCGACACUGGCUGUGCCAUAGGCGCGCCGUCGCGGCGCGGCGCCGCCGGCGGCCUGUGGGGCGAUGCCCUGCAGGACCGGCCCCGACUCGACCUCCUCAACGAGCGGGCGGGGCUGGGCGACGUUGGAGCGGCCGAGGCGAUCUUCUUCAGCCUGAACAGGUCCGACGACAGGAGCAGCAUCAUGACCAUGCUGUGCAACACGGUGCUCAAGUCGUACGCCAACGCGGGCGAGCUCGACAGGUCUGCGGCGUGGUACUCCCGGAUGCGGGCGUGCUCAGUGCGCGUCAACGUGAAGACCUUUGGCAAGCUGAUUGCGGCGGCCGCGAAGGCGCAGGAUGCCGACGCGAGCCGCAGCUGGUUUGAGACCAUGGCGGGCCACUUCGUCCCGAACGUCGUCGUGAUGAGCACGGUGAUCAACGCCUGCGCGCAGGAAGGGCUGCACGAGGAGGCGGCAAGGUGGCUGCGCGACAUGGAGGGAAGGGCGCUGCGGCCGGACGAGUUCUCCUACAGCUGCGCCAUCGGCGCCUGCGCCCGGGCCUCGCAGGCGGGCGCCGCGGAGGGGUGGCUCGCGGAGAUGGGGGCCCGGGCGCUGAGGCCGAACCUUGUGUCGUACAGCGGCGUGGUGGACGCUUGCGGGAAGGCGGGCAAGUUCGAGGCUGCGGCUGAUUGGCUCGGACGGAUGGAGGUCGCGGAGGUUACGCCAGAUGUCGUAUCCUACGGUUGCGUCAUCGAUGGCUUCGCCCGGGCCGGCAAGGCCAAGGCUGCUGCGGAGUGGCUCGCAAGGAUGGGCUCCAGAGAGGUGCAGCCGAGCGAGGCCGCGUGCAAUAGCGUCAUCGCCGCGUGCGCCCGGGUUGGUCACGCCCGCAGGGCGGCGGAGUGGCUCGGCGCCAUGAGGGCCAUGGCGUUGCGGCCGGGCGCGGUGUCCUACAGCGCGGUGAUCAGUGCUUGCAAAACUGCUCGAGAAGCGGAGGCGUGGUUCGGCAGAAUGGUCGGCGAUGCCGUGGAACCCGACGUGACCGCGUGCACGGGGGUGAUUGUCGCCUGCGCCAGGAUGGGGAGGGUGGAGGAGGCGGUCGGCUGGAUGCGGAGAACGCGGGACUGCGGGCUGCAGCCCAACGAGGUCUCCUACAACAACGUCAUCCACGCCUGCAGCCGGGCCGCCGCGCCCGAGGAAGCGGCCGCGUGGUUGGGCAGGAUGAGGGGCGCCUCGCUGGAGGCGAGCGUGACCUCGUUCACGAACGUGAUCGGCGCGCACGCCCGGGCGGCUCUGGCCGCGGGCGCCCUGGAGUGGCUGGGCAGGAUCGAGGCGGGCUCCCUGAGGCCGAACGUGCUGUCGUACACGAGCGCCAUCGAGGCGUGCAGCCCCAGGAGCUCGGGCGCAGAGGCCAGAGACCACUGUUCGGGCGCCGUUGCGAGCGUGGAGCACCUGCUCCGAAAGAUGCACCUGAAUCGCGUUCGCCCAGACAAAGUCUUGAUGGCCAAGAUCGUCCGCGUCUGGGGACCCGAGUGCUUGAGCGAUUGGCAUUCGAGGGGGUGGCUCCCUGUUGACUCGUAUCGCGUGACAGCGAAGCGGGAGGCACAGCUCACGCGGCGGACAGAGCAGCGCAAGCCGUCGCAUCGAGAAGCCGGGGAAAAAGACGCGUGCCAUGGGCAGCGGGAAGUCAUCCCACCUGGUGGAUUUGGCAUCCGAUGCGUUCGAUCCCUGGCCUGA